GUGACUUUCUUUGAAAGGUAAAUCGAAAGUAAAACUCGGCUGGCGCGAUCAUCACCCAUUGAACGCAGCUCACAACAGAAUCGAGACCUUUGUUUGUAUUCUAAUUCCAUUUUUGGAAAUAUGACGGAACUGUUGGAUCAGAAAUACAGGGACCAGCUGGUCACGUGGAUUGGUAAGACCUGUCACUUCCGGUUGUUGUACAAAAUCAGCAGGGACGGAUGUUCGGCCACGACGUUUCACCAGAAGUGUGACGGUCAAGGUGCCACGGUAACAGUCCUGUACAACACAAACAACACUAUCUACGGCGGCUACCUGUCACAGAGCUGGAAUUCUGAUGGUGGGUGGAUAAAUGAUACGAAUGCCUUCCUCUUCCGUCUGCAGUAUAAUGGGUCAUCCAAUCCUCUAAAGUUCCCUGUCAGUAGUGCAACCUAUGCUGGGUAUGGAAACAGUGGUUAUGGUCCAACAUUUGGAGGUGGUCACGACAUCAGAACUUUCACUGGAACUGUCAACUCUUCAGGAAACUAUUUUCCUCUGAAUGGCUCUUUCUAUUUUUCGGGGGAUUAUUACAGCUUAAACGGUCAGAACAGCAACUCAAUCACAAACGACAGUCUCCAAGUGACUGAUUUGGAAGUUUAUCAAGUCUUAGAUGGACCUGAUCCAAACAAAACAAAGAUGGCUGAAUCUUCACUUCUAGACAAACCAUGGAGAAAGUUCCCAGAGUUUAAUGAAGAGACAGCGAACAAACUUAAAGAAGAACUGGUGGACUAUGGACCGGACAGUGAGACAGGUGUAACAGCAGCAAACGUCCUCCUGAUUGGUCAGAUUGGUGCGGGAAAGUCCAGCUUCUUUAAUUCUGUCAACUCAAUAUUCCGAGGGAAAAUCACCAGCAAGGCGCGGAGUGGAAGCUUUGAACAUAGCCUCACCACUGUCUACCGUAAGUAUAAUGUCAAGGACCAUAACUCUGGUCAGACUUUGAAGAUUCGUCUGUGUGACACACGCGGUCUGGAGGAGGAGUUUACCAUCGACUCCCAGGAGAUAUCUCACAUACUGGACGGCAACGUACCGGACAGGUACCAGUUUAACCCCUCAGCGCCAUUUACUACAGAGACGUUUGGGUUCAUCAGGAACCCCCAUCUAGGGGACAGGAUUCACUGUGUGGCUUUUGUGGUGGACGGAAGUACCAUUGAUGUUAUCCCAGAGAAAAUCCUCAAACAAAUGAAAGCCAUGCAGAGUCGGAUGAACCAGAGAAACAUCCCUCAAGUGGUGUACCUGACAAAGCUAGACAAAGUCUGUCCAAUGGUGGAAGAGGAUGCAGGUCACAUGUUCCACAGUUCAGCGGUCCGUGAAGCCGUGGAUAAAAUAGCCGACGUCAUGGGACUACCACGGGGUUUUGUUCUGCCAAUCAAAAACUACGAGAGUGAAACUAUUUUAGAUCAGAAUAUAGAUAUUUUGAUUCUGAAAGCUUUGAAGCAGACGGCAGAUUUUGCUGACGACUACAUGGAAGAACAGGUUGAAAAAAUGGCGGCGGAAAAUGGACAAGGAAGAAAAGAGAAAGAGUAAAUGGUAAUGGCACCAUUUAAGAGACAGCUUUAAUUAACAACAUAACCGAAGACUAAAAAUCUAUAACAGCGAGUUGAUAAACUGUUGGCACAAAAUGGACAAGAGAGGAAAGACAAACAGUAAAUGGUGAUGCACUAUUCCAGACAGUUUUUUAAAUUGAAAGACUGUGAAGUUAAUACGAAAUAAAAUACCAGGAAUGUUGACAUCAAAACUUAUCAAAACAGAUUUAAUAGGAACAGAUUUACAGAGGGAAAAGAUAUCAGUUGUCAAUGAUUUAACUAAGAACAACACUGGAUUCAUUAUUGUGUACAUCAUAUUACUUGUGAUUUAAUGAUCAGUUUAUCUUAUCAAAACUUUUUGUGCAAUAUCAUUGUUUUCGAUUCUAAGUGAAAAAGAAAACACA